AUGACCAGCCUACUCAAUUCAGACUGCCGCAUCAAAGUGAGCUCCGUCCUGAACCGCGAGACGACCCUCUAUGGCAAGCAGUGCCUCACAGACAACAGCGAAGAAACAUGCUGGAACUCUGAAGCUGGCACCCCACAAUUCAUAGUGAUCGAUUUCGGCCGCAAGGUCAACAUCGAGACCUUCCAGCUAAUGUUCCAAGGCGGUUUCGUCGGCAAGACCUGUCAAGUCCUCGCCUGGACCGACGCCUCCGAAUUCGUCGACAUGAUGCGCUUCUACCCCGAAGACAUCAACCCAUUACAGAUAAAGCGCCAGACGACGUCGAGGGUCAAGAUCGUGUUUGAGUCCAGCACGGAUUUCUUCGGUCGUAUCACCAUAUACAAACUGGAUAUCCUCGGCCAAGACGCUUAA